AUGAGCGGCACCGGCGCCAGGGCCAGCCACCGCACGCAGCCGGUGGUCAAGAGCGUGCUGGUGUACCGCAACGGGGACCCCUUCUUCGCGGGCCGCCGCGUCGUCAUCCACGAGAAGAAGGUGGCCAGCUUCGACAUCUUCCUGAAGGAGGUGACGGGCGGCGUGCAGGCGCCCUUCGGCGCCGUCCGGAACCUGUACACCCCGCGCACCGGCCACCGCAUCCGCAAGCUGGACCAGAUCCAGAGCGGCGGCAACUACGUGGCGGGCGGCCAGGAGGCCUUCAAGAAACUCAAUUACUUGGACAUUGGGGACAUCAAGAAAAGACCAAUGGAAGUUGUUAACACAGAGGUUAAACCAGUAAUCCACAGCAGGAUCAACGUGUCAGCUCGAUUUAGAAAACCACUUCAGGAACCCUGUACUAUCUUCUUGAUUGCAAAUGGAGACCUCAUAAGCCCAGCAUCUCGCCUCCUCAUUCCUAGAAAAGCCUUGAACCAGUGGGAUCAUGUACUACAGAUGGUCACGGAAAAAAUAACUCUGAGGAGUGGGGCUGUUCACAGACUUUAUACUUUAGAAGGAAAAUUGGUUGAAAGUGGGACAGAGUUGGAGAAUGGACAGUUUUAUGUGGCUGUUGGCAGAGAUAAGUUUAAGAAAUUGCCUUACAGUGAAUUACUUUUUGACAAGUCAACCAUGAGAAGGUCUUACGGUCAGAAAGCUUCUUCACUGCCUCCCAUUGUGGGAUCCAGAAAGUGUAAAGGGAGUGGAAAUGAUCGCCAAUCUAAGUCAACUGUAGGAUCCAGCGACAACUCAUCUCCUCAGCCCCCAAAGAGGAAAGGGAAAAAGGAGGAUGUGAAUGUAGAAAAACCCACAAAAGGGAAACAAAAUCUAAAGUUAAAGAACUCACCACUACCAAUUCCAGACAGUGAUGAAGGUAUUUUCAAAGCUGGAGAAGAAAGAUCUGAAACGCGGGGGGCAGUAGAAGUCCAAGAAGAUGAAGAGACUCAAGUUGAGAUUCCAGUUGAUCAGAGGCCAGCAGAAAUAGUAGAUGAGGAAGAAGAUGGAGAGAAGGAAAGCAAGGAUGCAGAAAAGAAAGAAGAGUUUUCAGGAAUGAAUGGUGAAGUUGAAGAGGAAGGAGAUGGGGAGGCUACAGAAGAGGAGAUGGCGGGGCACGUGGAGGAGGAGGGAAGAACCACUCGUGUUAAUGGAGGCACUGAUGAAGAAAAUGGUGAGAAAAUGGAUCCGGUCAGUAAUAAGCUUCAGGAAGCAGUGGAUGAGGAAAUAAAGUCUCAAGAAGCUGGCAGUGGACAAGAGGAGGUUGACGUAGACCCUGAAAGACCACCAAGGCCAGAAGUAAAAAUCACUGGUCCACAAGAAAAUGAGGACAAUGAACAAAGCAAAGACUAUGCUGUUGUAGCAUAG